AUGUCGGCUACAAAAGUUAAUCCAGAUUUGCAAAGAGAAAGAGAUAACUGUACCUUUAAUGUUACUGAGCUGACUAAUCUCUUAGAUGGGGGAGUCCAAAAAACAACAGACAGAAAAUUGCAAGAAGACAGAGUUCUCAGAGAACUUAUGAGUACAAAUGAUGUACCAGCAGUAUACUUAAGUCACAAAGAGAAAUAUGAAGCUGCUGUUAAGAAGGCAUGUGCAAUGUUCCAAAUGAUAAGACGCCUACAGGAUGAAGAGAAUGCAGGAAUGGAAAACUAUCAGGCUUUGCUUGGAGGCACUUUAGGUUCAGCUAUUCUUGGUGAUGGAAAUCCACUGACAUUACAUUAUGUUAUGUUUAUACCCACUAUCAUGGGCCAAGGAACUGUUGAACAACAAGCUUACUGGAUCGGCAGGGCUUUCAACCUUAGUAUUAUUGGUACUUAUGCGCAGACUGAGUUGGGCCACGGCACAUUUAUCCGUGGAUUAGAGACGACAGCCACUUACGACCCUGAAACGAAAGAGUUCGUUUUGAACAGUCCAACUCUAACAGCCUACAAGUGGUGGCCCGGUGGACUGGCGCACACGGCUAAUUACUGCAUUGUCAUGGCCCAGCUGUACACUCAGGGCAAGUGUUACGGCAUCCACCCGUUCAUAGUGCAGCUGAGGGACGAGGAAACGCAUAUGCCCUUGUCUGGCAUUAAGGUCGGCGAAAUCGGCGCCAAGCUUGGCAUGAACGGCACCAACAACGGGUUCUUGGGUCUAGAGAACGUCAGGAUACCGAGAGAUCACAUGUUGAUGAAGAACUCGAAGGUCUUAGAGGACGGUACAUACGUGAAUGCACCCAGCUCUAAGCUAACAUAUGGCACAAUGAUGUUUGUGCGCGUUAUGUUGUGUAACGAUAUGUGCAAUUACAUAGCAAAGGCUGUUACCAUAGCAACCAGAUACUCCGCUAUAAGGCGGCAAUCUCAACCGAAACCCAACGAGCCGGAGCCACAGAUUCUAGACUAUGUAACGCAGCAACAUAAGCUGUUUGUCGGCAUCGCGUCUGUGCACGCCUUCAAACUGAACGCCGAUUGGAUCUGGAAUAUGUAUAACAACGUCACCGCUGAAAUGGAGAGUGGGGACUUGGAACGACUGCCCGAGCUCCACGCUCUAUCGUGUUGCCUGAAAGCAGUUGUGACUGCUGACGCCGCUGAAAACGUGGAGCGAUGCCGGUUGGCGUGCGGAGGUCAUGGUUACAUGCUGUCUUCGAAUUUGCCCCUAACUUACGGUUUGGUGACCGCUGCCUGCACUUAUGAAGGGGAAAACACUGUGUUGUUAUUGCAAACUGCCAGAUACCUAGUGAAAGCAUGGCAACAGGCAUCUGCUGGAAACAGUUUAACGCCAACUGUGGCGUACAUAGGACGUGUGAGCAAGGGUCGUCGGUCCCCACCAUGGGACAAUACUAUUGAAGGCAUUGUUGAAGGAUUCCAUAAUGUUGCCGCGGGAAAGAUAGGAUUGUGCGUGACACAGAUUGAAAAGAGACAGAAGGAAGGCAUGUCAUACGAGGACGCGUGGAAUAUGACCUCUGUGCAACUAACAUCCGCCUCUGAGGCCCACUGUCGCGCUAUCAUCUUAGGAACAUACUUUAAUGAAACCGAGAAAUUAGUGAAGGGCGUUUCCGCUGAAUUAAAGACUGUUAUGUUGCAGCUAGUUGAUUUGUAUGUGGUCUACUGGGCGCUGAACCGUAUGGGAGACUUACUUAGGUUUACAUCGAUAUCCGAACGCGAUAUCGAACAACUGCAGAACUGGUAUGAGAACACACUUACCAAGCUACGAAUCAAUGCUGUGGGUCUUGUUGACGCAUUUGACAUCAGGGAUGAGAUAUUAAGCUCCACUCUAGGAUCAUACGAUGGCCGCGCAUACGAACGCCUCAUGGAAGAAGCUAUGAAAAGCCCCCUUAACGCCAAACCAGUCAACGAAAGCUUUCACAAAUAUCUAAAACCUUUUAUGCAAGGGAAACUUUGA